ACUUCCUUCCCCGACGCGCGCCAUGUCCGCCGUCGUCGUUCUCAACCCCGUGCUUCGUUCGCUUCCCGCGCGCGGCGCCGCGUCCGCCGCGCGCGGUCCCCGCGCCUCCGCCGCCCGCGCGACCCUCCGCGGCGUCGCCGUCCGCGCGCCGGUGGUCUUCGGAUCGCGCCCCGGAAGCCGCGGCGCGCUCGUGGUCCGCGGCGACGCCAUCGACGACGCCGCGGCGCUCGCCACCGCCGGUCCCUCCGACAAGACCGGCCCCGCCGCCUCCGUCGUCGUCCCCAAGCUGCCCCGCAGCGACUGCGCGAGGACCGUCGCCAAGUCCGAGGGCUUCGACCUCUCCACCACAUCCUUCGGUUCCAUCGGCCUCGGCGUCGGCCUUCCGCUGCUCAUGUCCGGCUUCCUCGGCUACUUCAACGUCAUCCCCACCGGCUCGAUCUCCUCCCUCCUCCUCAUCUACGGCUUCAUCAUCUCUCUCAUCGGCUUCGCGCUCCAGUACGCCAAACUCGAGCCCCUCGAGUGCGUCACCUACGAGGACGCCGCUGCGCUGAGAGAGUCGCAAACCACCGCCAUCCUCACCCAGGUUCGCAACGACGUCACCAGGUACAGGUACGGCGACGAGCAGCACCUCGAGGAGGCGCUCGCGAUCAUCUUCAGGUACAACCGUCCCGGCGGCCUGCGCAAGAACCAGGCCCCCAAGCUGGUGGGCAUCGCCGAGCAGGUCAUCGUGGACCGCUACGCGCUGGUGCUCAAGUUCGAAUCCCCGAAGAUGGAGCUCGGCGAGUGGACCGACCGGCGGGAGAAGAUCCAGGGCUUCUUCGGCCCCGGGGUGACCUGCGGGAUCACCGAGGUUGGCGCUGGGGUCGUGGAGGUGGAGCUCGUGAGCGACGGGUCCGACGCGUCCGGGCCGGGCAACGGGAUGGAGGACAUGGAGGUGCUCCCGCCACUCAUGCCGGGGCUGCCCCCGAGGUACGUGAAGAAGGGAUCCGCGUGAAGGGUGCCGCGCCAAUCGCCUUUUCACCGCUAGUCACGUACAAUACCCGUGUAAUACACGCCAACACAUCGCUGCU